UUUUAUUUGUUUUUUUUAAAGUCAUCUUAGAGUUAAUCAAAAUUGUUAGCGUAAAAUUUGAAACUAAAGUUGAGACUUCGGAAAUGGAGUCAAAAGAAAUGCUAAACGGUAGUAAAAAUGUUGUAAAGGAAUCACCUCCAGCUGCUGGUGUGUCUUGGCAAAAUACUCCAACUAAUGCCAUUGUCGUUAAAGCCGAAAAUCCGGUCAAUACUGUUAAGGCCUCGGAGCAAUUGGGUGUUGAUGUUAAUGCUAAAGUUUCUACAGUUUCUAAACACGUUGAUGAUCACCAAAGUAUUCGUCACAUUUCUCAGCCCAAUAACAUUGGCGAGUAUUUAAGUAAAUGCCACACAAUUGGUUAUGACGCAAAAAUGCCAAAUAAACAUAAAAUUAAUAAUGAAAUCAACAAAUCCGUGGAUUGCGGAAAGCAAAUGAAUGGUAACCAGUUUUUUAAUGCCGGUAGAGGUACACUGGCGAAUACUGGUGGACAAAUAAGCCGUGGUAUUCAGCUUGAUAAACCUAAAAUUAGCAGCCUGCGGUUUAAUAAUUCCCUUUUUAGUCAGCAAAGCAAUAAUGGCUUCACAGGUACGGGACAAAUGCUUGGGUAUUCAGUAUCAGGAAUUAAGAACAUUUGUGAUUGGAAGCCUGGUGCUUUAGUUGUACCUCGUAAUGUCAUCGUACAUGAGCAAGAAGUUGAUGAUCGAAUGACAUUAGAUGCUAAAGUUACACAGGUGCUUAGUCAACAAGCGCUUAGUGGUAUGAGUACUACCAAGGAAAAACUUGGUGAAAUAGUAUUAGCUGAAAAUGCUAACCUUUCUAUAAUGAAAAUUGAUGAUCAAAUUACUGCAAAGAAUGAAUGUAGAAUGAAUUUUACUAAACCAAUAUCUCACCGCAGUGAUCAUUGUCAAAGAAAACUUGAUGGUACGGUAAUGAACGUUAGUACAAAAGUUUUUGUGCCGCAAUUUCCUGAUCGAAUUGUUGUAGAUGCUAAGCAUGAUCAGGCUCUUAAUAACCAGGAAAUUAAUACUAGUACCAUUUCUGAAAAGAAGUUGGGUAGUGCAGUAGCAGAUGGAGAUACCAAAACUUAUGUGCAGAAAUUCGUUGAUCAACUAACUAUUGAAGUUGAACUUAGACCGACAACUGAUAAUCAAAUACCGAAAACCAGUGGAUUUUUUGAAGGGAGACUCGGUUGUAUACUAGAAAGUGGUGAUCAUACAUCUUAUGAGCAAAAUUGCUCAUACUGUGAUAGGAAGUCUAUCAUCGGUGCCAUUGAUGAAAUGCAACUUAUUGAAUAUGUAGCAGGUGCUAAUGUCAGAGGCCAGGAUCAUAAUUUUAUUGAUAAAAUUGCCCUAGGCUCUGACUUAAAACGAAAACCUAGGAAUAAGAUAGCUAAUGUUAAUGAUUUUGGUGAAACCCAACUUGUUGGCCUAAUGAUGGAUGGUAACAGCAGAGUUCAUGAGCAGAAAGAUUUUGAGAAAACCACUACUGGAUACACUACUGAACACCGCUAUUGUGGUCUCAAAGUUACUUUACCCAAUGUUGGUAAACAAACUAUUCGUUGCAUUGAACUUAAAGAGCAAUCAAGCGCUAUGCAAUCACUUCAUUCUUCCAAAAUGAACAAUAAAAAUGAAGAUUACUUGAAUGUUGUCAAAACAAAAGAGAUUGACAAGAGAACUGGUGGUUUGAAAUUUUUCCAGGAAGAUAUUAUUAGGCAAACACCAAAUAAUGUCGAAGUGGAGCAAAAAAAUUUAAAGGUCCGCAAACUUUUGAAAAAAAAGAAAGCUGCAAAAAAAAAAUUUGUAUCACCAAUAGAAUUUGAAAGCUUGCAAUAUGUUGAACAAAAUCUUGAUGACGUCAUAAGUAUUGGUCAUUGCGAUGUAUUUGGUACGCCAUUGUUUGGACAACAGACACGUAGUAAUGAUAUUAUAUCUGGACAACCUAGUGAAGCUAAUGAUAUCAGAAUUGCUGAAAAGACGUCUUAUAAACAAAAAAACGAAGCUUUUAAGUGUGAUGACAAAGAAUUUGUUGAAAUCAAUCUACUAAAAAUUGGACAAGUGAGACCCAACUCCUUCAAAUAUGCAGAGCAUGUUGAUGAUGAAAUGUGCGAAGCCGUUGAACUUGGAGAGGUGAGAUAUAUAGAUCAUUUAGUAGAUAGCGAUAUGAAUGAUAAGAGGAGAGAUGACUAUUUUCAUGGCCUGCGAGUGGUUGAAGAGCAAGCUGAAGACCAAAAGACCAUUAAUCAUGUACUUUGCGAUCAAUACACUAAAUUUUUUACAAUUGAUGAGCAAAACGUUGAUAAUAGUAUAUACGAACAAGAUAGCGAUGAUGUUCACGAGAUUGAAAAGAGGAAUAAAAAAAAGCCAAAAGCUUUAGAACGAAGAAUUGUGCAAGACAAAAUGUGUGGCUUUCUCAAGACCGGCACUGAUAUCGCUCAAAAUACUGGUAAUGUUGUCACUGGUAAACAAAGUAAUGAAGCCAUAAUUGAGGAACUUUUUUUAAAUGGUGAAUAUUGCAAAUCCGUUCACGAAAAUGAACAAACUGCUGAUUGCGUUACAGAUAUAGACGUAUCCGAUGUACCAUCGGAUGAUGGUUUAACAUUUGAUAAUACUGCCUUCAACGUCGCUUAUUCUGGAUCCGAAACUGAUGCAUAUGGUACUGUAACUGCUUCAGAAACUGAAACAGAUACAGAAGAAACAGAUACCGAUACAGAGAACACAGAAUAUGAAGACUUUUAUCAAUCCCAGGAAUCAGAUGAGUGGACCGAGGUAGAGGGUUUGCUAGAAAUGGAGCCUGAUGACUGCGAGGAAUCAGAAGACGAAACAGAUGGAAGCGAAUAUAGUAACAUGACAGAUACGGAAGAGUCUGAUGAUGGCAAUGCUGAGUCGGAUGAUUCUACCACCAUUGCUUUUACAGAUGGCAGUGGCUCAGACUUUGAUUCAGAAAUAGACCUCCAACAAUUUUUUGAUUCUGAAUAUAAUAGUGAAUAUUCGAAAAAUUAUGAAGAAUAGUAGUCUUCAUCAAGUCACUUUUCGUACUAUAAUCUUUGUUCUAUCAAAUUUUAGUUUUUCUUUGCUUAAUAAAUUUACAAUAAAAACGCAAACUUGACUUGAACUACUAAUUGCAGCGACGCUUUUAAUAGUUCUCCCACAAAAUUAUAAAUAAAAGUUUGGAUCUCUUGUGGAAAAUGAUGAAAGUUCCUAUUGCAGACUUACGCUAACCUAUGAAUGCUAUAAAUUAGUUUUAUGAAGCAUUAUUUUUUAAUUUGGAAUGAA